AUGAAGGCCACAACUUUGGACUCGCUGCCUGUGGCAUACAUCUCACAUGACUCGACCGUCGAGAAGAAGGUGUUGCUCAAGAACGGAGAAGUGCCCCAUGUCACCCAAUUGGCCGUUGCCACUCUCAAGCCAGGCGAGCAGGCUACCAAGCACUCCCACAAGGACAUGACCGAGACAUUCCACUUUCAGGCCGGCACUGGAGAGAUGGAAGUUGAUGACAAGACAUUCGAGAUCAAGGCCGGUGUCACCGUCACUGUCUACCCCGGCGAGAAGCAUGAGAUCAGGUACAAACUGCAAUGA